AUGGCCACCAUGGAUCACGGACCUGUCCUGCCACUGACAGCAAUAGCAUGGACAUCCAACCUUUCCACCUGCCCUAAAGACUUUACCCUGAUCAACAUUACUGAAGAUGGAGCAAAUGCAAACUUCACGCGCUUUUCAAUGAGACCCAGUUAUUACCUUUGUUACAGCAAGGCCACCUCGGGUGGUAUGGUCGUGUCAGAUAUUCGACUCAUUGCUGAGAAGGACUCUAUUCCUCAUGGCUACUGCUUCAUCGCGGAGCACUUGGAACCAAAGACCACCGUUUCAAAGAAGAAACGUGUAUGUGUGCGUGUGGUUCCAGUUGGUAGUGUGGACACUGCUAUUUUGGACAUCAAACUGACAGCCAGAAGCAAAAUGAUGUUACAGCAUUACACAUAUGUGGGAGAAAUCAACAACUAUGUAUUGUGGUGUCGGAAGGGUCAUUUUACCAGCACUACACCCCAAACUAAACCACGUAAUGUCAGUCUGACUUCACGCAGAUACUCACUGGAGCUCCCAUCUGUUCCCCAGCCUUUAAAACCCAGCAAUCCGCCACAAGGGUCACAGGUUAGACUCAGCCACAGGCGCCACUCCCUUCCUGGUCAGGAGACCCGGGAAAAAACAGCUGACGGCAGCAUCCAGGGAAUUCCAGCGCUAGAUGGAGUGCCCUUCAGCCUUAACCCAGAGUUGGACAUUCAACCAAAAGCUAUAACUCAGCUGAACUACCAGCUCAACACUAUGACUAUAAAAUCCCUUCAGGACAUAGAAAAUGAGUAUAAAUACACAUUUGCAGUGGAGUAUGCUGCCAAGAGGACCAGACCGCUUGUGCAGAUAUCCUAA